GGCCAUGUCGUCUGCAGCCACCACAGCGCCCUCUGUGGAUAAAGUGGACGGCUUCUCCAGGAAGUCUGUGCGUAAAGCCAAACAGAAACGCUCCCAAAGCUCCUCCCAGUUUCGCUCACAGGGAAAACCCAUCGAGCUCACGCCGCUGCCGCUGCUCAAAGACGUGCCGGCCCCGGAGCAGCCUGAGCUGUUCCUGAAGAAGCUGCAGCAGUGUUGUACAGUGUUUGACUUCAUGGACACUCUGUCCGACCUCAAGAUGAAGGAGUACAAACGCUCCACCCUCAACGAGCUCGUGGACUACGUCACUGUCAGCCGCGGCUACCUCACGGAGCAGGCCUACCCCGAGGUCGUCAAGAUGGUUUCUCACAACAUUUUCCGGACUCUUCCUCCAAGCGACAGCAACGAGUUCGACCCCGAAGAGGACGAGCCCACUCUGGAGGCCUCAUGGCCCCAUCUACAGCUGGUUUACGAGUUCUUCAUCCGGUUCCUGGAGAGUCAGGAGUUUCAGCCGAGCAUUGCCAAAAAGUACAUAGACCAGAAGUUUGUCCUACAGCUGUUGGAGUUGUUCGACAGUGAGGACCCGCGGGAGAGGGACUACCUGAAAACAGUGUUGCAUAGAAUCUACGGGAAAUUCCUGGGACUGAGGGCUUUUAUACGAAAACAGAUCAACAAUAUUUUUCUACGUUUUGUUUAUGAGACGGAGCACUUCAAUGGAGUGGCAGAGCUGCUGGAGAUCCUGGGCAGUAUAAUAAACGGCUUUGCUCUGCCGCUGAAAGCUGAACACAAACAGUUCCUCGUCAAAGUGUUGAUUCCCCUCCACACAGUGCGGAGCCUGUCCCUCUUCCACGCACAGUUGGCGUAUUGCAUUGUACAGUUCCUAGAGAAAGACCCCACAUUAACAGAACCAGUGAUCAGAGGAUUACUCAAGUUCUGGCCAAAAACCUGCAGUCAAAAAGAGGUGAUGUUUUUGGGGGAGUUGGAGGAGAUUCUGGACGUUAUUGAACCCACACAGUUCGUAAAAAUCCAGGAGCCACUUUUCAAACAGAUCUCCAGAUGUGUGUCCAGCCCGCACUUCCAGGUGGCAGAGCGGGCCCUGUACUACUGGAAUAAUGAGUAUAUCAUGAGUCUGAUCGAAGAAAACUCCAGCGUCAUCCUGCCCAUAAUGUUCUCCAGCCUGUACCGCAUCAGCAAAGAGCACUGGAACCCAGCGAUCGUGGCGCUGGUGUACAACGUCCUGAAGGCCUUUAUGGAGAUGAACAGUACUUUAUUUGAUGAACUCACAGCCACCUACAAAUCAGACCGCCAGCGUGAGAAGAAGAAGGAGAAGGAGCGUGAGGAGCUGUGGAAGAAGCUGGAGGACUUGGAGCUAAAACGCGGCCUUCGGAGCGACGCCAUUAUCCCCACUUAACGAACCUUACGUCACUUCCUGUCCCGCCCCCUCCACUUCCUCCUCCUCCCGUUUCCCCGGCAACGACGACGACCGCCAUUUUGUUCUGCUCCUCCUUCUCCAAGAAUCGGGAGUCGAGUCAAAGCUGUUUUUUCUUAAUAAUUUUGAUUUUUUUUUUUUUGUGUUUUGUGCGACUUUAUUUACCGUAGAACCAUCACUUUUUUGUUUAGCUAUCAUUAUUUCAAAGUAAAAGCACUGUAAAUAAUUACUAAAGUAGCUUGGAAGUAGGCGUCCCAGUGUGGGCUUUUAAUUUGAAGGUUUACAUUGCUGGAUUUUCACAUUAAAAGCCUGCAUUUGGACACAUACUUCCUGGAAUACCUUAGUUUUACCAUGACGUGGGUGAAUGAGACCUUCCCAGUCACUGUAAAUAAUUAUUUUUUUCUGUUUUUUUUUCUGUUUCUCCCGUUAAAGCUGAUAAUAUUAUUGCGAAAACAAUACAAAAAUGACAAUAAUAAAAGAGAUAAAAAGUGGAAAUAGACUUUUGUGGGAAGGGGCUGUUAUUUUGGCGGGAUAAUAUUAGUUAAUGCUCCUGUUUAGAUUUUUGCUUUCACCCUUCACUUCCUGUGUCCUUUCAGAAUAACACUACAGAUAGAAAACACUUGGCUGGAGUCCGUUUACAUGCAAAAUUAAUUUACAUUUUGGAUAAUUUUUAAAGAUGACUUUUAUGGAAAUAAUGUGUCAUUUGCAAAUUGGCCAACAAUGAAAAUCUGAAAUAUUUUUUGUCUUAAGCAAAGUGAACACUUUUUUCAUUAAGAAUUAUGCUUUUAAUGAAUGUUAAACUCAGACCGAACCAGGACUAAACUGGGUCUGAACUGAACCAGGAUUAUACCAAGACUAACUCCACCUCUUCUCUGAAAAGGCCCCUAAUUUUUGACCAUUUUUAAUAGAAACAUCACUGGCAAAUGUCUUAAAUUCUAAACACACUAAACACUAAACUUGGAAUUUUUAUUUAAUUCUUGAAAAGAUGCUUUUGGUCCAAAGUUUUGACAAAACAUAGACUUGUUGCAUGUAAACAGACUCCGUCUUCUUUAGACCUGGUUCACCUUUUUAUUUCUCAUCUUUUUGUCUUAAAACUGCUAAAAAAAAAAUCAUUCACAUAAUUACAGUUCUACCUGUUUUUCAUCAUAGGCCAAGUUUUCAGUUUGUCUGUGAAGCAAUAACAAAUACUCAAUUUCAAUUUGUAAUUUCAGUCCGACUUCACUUUUAAAACUGUUAAAUCUGAAAGCAUGAAGACUAUUCCUGAUGUUGAAGUUGAUAAGAAUGGAAUGACAAAUCUUGUAUUAUUUUACCAUCACAACCUGCAAAAUUAAACAUUUGAAUAUUUUUCCUGAACACAUUCGACAAAAGGUAAAAUGUAAAGUUCACAUUUUAGCUAAUGUAAAUCCCAGUAAUGUACAUUGGUCUAACUGGAACAGAGUACAAGAAAAGACGCCAUUACUGUGUUUUGCUAAACCACAAUUUCACAUUUAUCUUCUUGUGGGUGUCAGUUUUGGGCAUGAAUUUGUAAACUUUAAAUAUUUUUUUCCCCACAAAAGCUGCUUCAUUGAAAACCCAAAACUUGGCUUAGUUUCUGUAUCAGUCUGGCACUGGUACAAACUGCCUACAUUUUCCAAACUCCAUUCAACUGUGGUGCAAUGAACUGCCUAAGGGGGGCGCUAUUCUUCACAGUAUUCAACCUCCAGACUCGGACGUGUUCGCUGAUAAAUGCCAGUUUAAGUCAGUUUAAGUCGUAUUGUAGAAGUUUGUAUAGAAAUGAAAGAGGAGAGGCUGUGGCCAUGUUGGAUAAAAAUGGAUGGAAGUCAAUGAGAGAGACAAACAUACGGGCUUCAUCAUGUUAUUGUCAUUAUAAAUACUUUAAAUGGUGCUGAAUUAAAAACAGGUUUCGAAGUUAAAAGGUGUUAUGGAAGAAUAGGGCAAAAAGCUGUUGAAGUAAUUCACUAAUAACUUGAUUUAAAAGUCUCUGGUUUAGACGGGGUUAAAUCCUAAAUCAGACCUGGUUUUGUCUGAAAUUGUGUACCUGGUUUAAAACAGGGUUUAGACCUGGUUUAGUCCAAGAUUUAAGGCCUGGUUUAGUCUGAGCUUUUAGUCCUGGUUUAGUCUUGUUUUUUCAUUCCUAUAAUGUUGAUUAAUCUUUUAGUUUGGUCUGAUUAUGGGUAACUAAUCCAUUAUAAUGUAGUUAUAGUCCCUGAAGAUUUGUCUGUUUUCAGGUUUGGUUUAGUCACUGGUCUAAUCCUGCUUUAGUUUAUGUUUAAACCCAGUUUAGUCCUGGCUAAAUCCUCUUUAAGAUCUAGUUUAGUCCCUAGACCUCGAUGAGUUUUGGCCUAGGCCUGGUUUAGAUCUGGUUUAGUCCUUUGUCUAAUCCUAAUUUAGUUUUGGUUUAGCCCUGGUUUAAACCACGAUGUGUCAUAAUCAAGUAUGUAUUUACCUCUGUGUUUACUUUAGUCUUGGUCUAGACUUGGUUUACUUCUGGUCUAAACCUGGAUUAGAUCUGGCUUUAGACCUUGGUUAGUCUUGGCCACAUUCAGGUUUAGCCCUGGUCUAGUCCUGGUCUAUGUUGUGGUUUAGACUUGGUUUAGUCCAGGUUAACUCUUGGUUUAUCUCUUGGUUUAUGUCCUGGUUUAGGCCUUGUCUAGUUUUUGUCUAGACUUGGUGUAGUUCUGGUCUAGACCUGACCUUGAGUAGUCUUGGCCGUGUUCAGAUUUAUUUUUGGUCUAGGUCUGGUUUAAUCCCUGGUUCAGACCUGAAUUGAACCCUGGUUUUGCCCUGAUUUAGUCUUGGUCUAGUCCUGGUUUAGCCCUGGUUUAGACCUGGUUUAGUCCUGCUUUAGACCUGGUUUAGACCUGGUUUAGACCUGGUUUAGUCCCGGUUUGGUCCUCGUGAGCCCUCUGUCUCUCAUUGGCUUCCAUUCGUUUCCACGGUGGCGUCUUUAGCAUCAGUCUGUUUUAGCGCCUUAGCUCUUCACUUCCUGUUGAGUUUUCUUUGAGUUCUUGGAGCAUUUCGGGUCUAUAUUUUCGUAGUGGGAGGGUGGUCUCUGUCUGUCCAUUUCUGUCUGAUUUCUUCCUCUUUUUUUGCAGCAAAUUUAAUGUGUGCUUAGAGCGGCCCAAAUGUACAAUUUAUGAUUUCAAAAACUGCAAAAACCAAGAAAAAAAAACACACACAAAAAGGGUUGGAGAAAUACAAAUGUUUAAUUAUUUUAAAAAAUAAAGAGAUAUUAAAUUAAAUCUGUUUUGUGAUAAA